CUGCAUCUUCUCGAACUUGUCCAACUCUUCAUUGCUCUCUUCGCUUCAGCUUUCCCAACCGCUCCCUUCUGCUGUCCGAUCCGUGUCCCGACGCUCGCCCCUCAAAGUCGCGCGAAUCCGUGCACGCCCACACCUGCCCCUCCCACCCCCACCUCGCGCCACUCCACGGCCCCAUCAUGGGCCGCUCGAAGCCUCGCACAAACAAGCGGCCGCCACCCAAGCCGAACCGCCGCGCCGCACCCGCUUCCCCAACUCCUGCAUUCGAUCCUGCGACAGGCUUCUUCCCCCCACCAUCAACGAUGGACCCUACCGACCCCAGCUUUACGCGCGCGUUUCAGAGCUGGUCGGCGAACGCGCUCAACCAGCUCGACCAGCUACGCCAGCUACCCGUCCUGACGUCUUCGCAGCUGAGCGCUAUUGCUGGCGCCGCGGCCGGCGUGUCCGACGCCGGUUUUCAAGGCGAAGGGCCCAGUAUCGACCUCCCCCAGAGCUUGGCCGCGCUGUUUGAGGCAAAACUCACACUCGACCGUGAAAAAGCCAAGUUGAUGCGCAUGCAGAAGGAGCUGCGUGGCUUCCGGGACGGCAUUGACAGCUUGGCCGGUCCAGCGCCGGCACAGGCGCCGCCUCCUCUUCCGACGGUUAAGGGCAAGGAGGUCGCGGUCGAGGAGGAGCAGGCCGAGUGCACAUGUGGAAGGAAUGGUCACGCACACGAGUAUCCCGGCUCGGCGCACUCGGAAUCAGAGGACUACUACUACUACGACACGGAGGACGAGUGCUGCGAAUGCUGCUCGCACGAUCACAGCUACGUCGAGUGCGACCACGAACCUGGCGAGUGCGAUUGCGAAGAGUACGAAGAGCACCACCACCAUCAUCACCACCACCACCAUCACCAUGAAGAGUACUAUGAGCCUGAGCGGGGCUUUGAGGCGCUCGUUCUCGGCCCCGACGGGCGCCCCGCCAACCUGACUCCUGAGCAGGCGAUGGCGCUGUUCGAGCGGCAGCCGUACCUCCACUCUCCGGAGGCGCGGGCGAUUCUCGCGAGGGGCCACGCACAGGCAGCCGAGGUGGCGGCCGCAAAACAGCAGCUGGUCGAGGGCGGCGAGGGAGUGCGGCAAGGCGGGGAGCACGCGCGGGAGCGAGGAGAGAGCGAGGCGAAUGGGGAGAGCAGAGGAGGAGGACACAAUCGCGAAGGUGCAGCGCCGCGGCGCCGCCUCGCCGACGAUCCGGAGAGGAUGGACGAGGCCGUCCGCGAGCUCUUUAACUGGAUCAAGGCCGUCGUGUGGACGAUCGAGCAGGCAGCGAUCGUGGCGGGCCGGCGGGCCCCUUUCCACUCGCAGCGCGGUGAUCUCCCGGAGCAAUAGCUCUGCUCAUGUCACGCUCUUCCGUAAGAAGCACAACCAACACAUUGUAUCACCACCAUCUACGUGCCGUGCACACGAACAUGCAUCUCAUUUAACAAG